GAAUAUCCUAAAGCUCCAAACUUUAUGCGCUGGGCACUUGAUUAUAAUGGAACUAACCUUCUGGGGCUCCCUGCUCUGCCUCCAGGAUUUAAAUCAGGAGACAGGAAAGUCUGGAUGCGUCUUUUCCAGAAUGUUGCUGGGUUUUAUUUGCAUCCGGUUGGAUUGGAGGUGCAAGUGGAUGUCAGCAGCUUGAAUGUUUCUGAGUGGGAAGUGGUGAAUGUGUUCUAUAAUGGACAGUACUUUAGGGACAUGGAAGAGCUUGAAAGAGAAUUCAACAAGGGGAGAGUUAGAGUGUCCAAAGUAAAGAAAACUCCUCAUAAUGGGGGGUACUCAUCACUGAAACCAAGGGUCCCACACAAGUUGCUAGGCCCUUUGCAAUAUGAACCCCGUGGUCCACGGUACUGCAUCAGGGACAACCAGGUCACCUUCAUGUCUUGGAGUUUUGCCUUUGGAAUGGAAGCCAACAGAGGACCACGUAUCUUCGACGUUAGGUUUCAGGGUGAGAGGAUAGUCUAUGAGUUAAGUGUACAAGAUGCAUCUGCCAUCUACGGGUCCAACAGUCCAGCAACAAUGGUUACCAGGUUAAUGGACCUAGGUUUGGGCUUUGGGAAGAGUGCUGUCACCCUUACCCGGGGUGUUGAUUGUCCUUACGUAGCAACCUAUUUGGAUGGGCACUAUUUACUUGAUUCCGCAAAACCUAUCACCCGCAAAAACUCUCUCUGCAUCUUUGAACAAAAUGCUGAGAUUCCAGCACGACGCCAUUAUGAGGACCACGUAAUCUCUGAAUUUUAUGGAGCAUUAGCUGAUUCAGUUCUAGUCUUCAGGUCCAUCUCUGUAAUGGGUAACUAUGACUACGUCUGGGAUUUUGUGUUUCAUCAAAAUGGAGCUGUUGGCGUCAGGGUGUAUGCCACUGGGUACAUCCAGACUUCUUUCUUCUUUGGCAAUGCUGCAGAUUUUGGGAACAGAGUUGAAGAUCUGACACUGGGAGCAAUUCAUACUCACAGUAUUCAUUACAAAGUGGACCUGGACAUCGGUG